AUGCUUGAGAAAAAGAAGUUAAAUGGAUCACUUGAGUUCAAAACAGAUGCAUUGAGUAAGAUGGAUAGGCUAAUGCUUCUACAACUUAAUUAUGUUCAAAUAACGGGCUCUUACAAGAAUUUCCCAAAAGAAUUAAGAUGGUUGAGUAUGCAUGGGCUCCCUUUGAAAUCUAUACCUUCAGACUUACCAAUGGAGAAUGUGGUUGCUCUUGACAUGUCAUAUAGCAACAUUGAAUCAUUUGAGAUUUGUUAUAGCUAUCCACAACGACUUCAUAAGAGGUUAAAGCAAUUGAUUGGAUCGUGCACAAAAGACAAAAGAUUGCUUGGAUCAUUGAAGAUUCUUAAUUUAAGUUUCUGUGAACAGAUUCGUAGUGUUCGUGGCUUCGAUCACCUCCCUAAACUUGAGGGUUUAAUACUCAAAGGCUGUAUUGGAUUACUUGAGGUUUGUGAAUCAAUUGAGCAAUGUUUUGAACUUGCCCUCAUUGAUCUGAGCUACUGCAAGAAGCUUGAAAAACUUCCAAGAAGCUUAGGGAUGUUAAAGAAAGUUAAAACACUAUUGCUAAACGGUUGUUAUAUCGGUGAAUCUCAAAUCAAGAUUAGGGAUAUGGAUUCAUCGGAAAUGUUGAAGUCUAACAAUAUUCGCAUAAACACAAUAACGUCUUCGUCCACUGUUGUUCUCCACGCUAUGCCAAGUUAUUCAAAGUUUUCUGUGAUUUCUUUACCGAGAUCUUUAGUAAGGUUGUCACUUGAGAAUAAUAAUUUGUCCACUGAAUCCUUUCCCAUGGAUUUCAGUUGCCUGUAUAUGCUAAAAAAAUUAUAUCUGGAUGAAAAUCCUAUCGUUUCCCUGCCUAGUUGUGUAAAAACCCUUCCUAGGCUUGAGACACUUAGUAUGAGAGAUUGUAAAAUGCUGACGACAGUCGAGCAUCUUCCACAUACACUCACACAUUUGAACCUUCAUUUCGAUUCUAAUAAGCCUUUGAUACGAAAAGUUGUAUUUGAUCCACACAUGUCUCCACUCCAGUUCUCACUAGGACGGAGGAUCGUGGCAUUUUCAUCAUUUGAAUUUGAAGGUAUGGUGAAAAUCCAACCAAUGGCAGGGGUUGAGGAAAAGCUAUUAUGUAGUUUGGGUUGGAGUAAGCUAGACUUUCUUAACGGAAAGCACGUGACAACUUCUUCUAGUUAUGGAGAAUCAGAGGAAUCUGAAAUCCAGAUAUAUUACGAAUUUGGAAUAUUCAGCACAAUUUAUGAAGGCCAAGCGAUGCCGAAUUGGAUUACAGAUAGAACCACAGGGCUAUCGAUGUCAUUUACCAUCCCAUCAUCUCCUAACCACCUCACUGGAUUAAAUUUUUGUUGUCAGUUGGCUUCUCCAUUUCCUGAUGAGAAGCUUGUAUUAGUAGAUUAUGUUCUCCUUGAUUUUCCAGUGAUCAAACUUAGUAAUAUAACAAAGAAUCUCACCUGGAUAUACGACCAUUACAUUGACAGUGUCUAUGCAGGUGGAGAUUGUGUAAUAUUGUUAAGCCAUUGGAUGUUUGGGAUGAAUGAGAUGGAAUGUGGUGACCACGUUAUUGUUACUGUGGGGUGGGCACCAGAUGAUAUUGGUGAUGCAGUUAGCAAGGAGUGUGGGAAGGCGCCCACUUUAAAGAUAAAAUAUUUUCCUUUAAAGCUGUGUCCCAAAGGACGUCUGGCGUACCAGUGGAUCAUGGCCCAUAAGCUGGCAGUGAAGGCAAUACUUUUUCACUCAGCAGACUUACACUUUCCUUUCCUCAUCUCUAUGCAGUCUUCUUUCAGGUUAUGGCAGGAUGCUGAGAGCAGAAUAUUAUUAUCUCAUUUGCUUAUGAAGAAUUCCAAAGAGGGAUUAAGAAAGAAGAAUUGUGGAAAGCUUCAAAAAAUAGCAUUGCUUGAAACAAGCAAUGCCGACUUACAGAAACAGCUUCAAGAACAUCAAGUCAACUUUUAACAUUUGACCAAACAAGCAACUGAGCAAAAGGUUUCAUAUUAUGGUCUUGGACUAAUGGAAUCAUGUUUCGAUUUUGUUGGUCAUGUUCUUCACCCUUUUGACAAGCUUAAUGUUGAUUUUGUUUAUGUUUAAACACCAGUGACCAAAAUCCUUAUUUUUCAUCAUUGAAGGACUGCUACUGAUCUCAUAUGCGGAAGCAAGGGAUUUUAAUUUAGUUUAAUAUUUGACGAUUUUACUACUUAAGUUUAAUUCUGAUGAUUUGAUUUCUUGAAUCACUUAUAGUUUAAGCAUAUGGAAUGACAAUGUGAAAUCAUUUAUGAUUUAUAUAGUGUUUAAAAAUGUAAAUGCACUAAAGUCAC